AUGGACUCUAAACUUCACCCUGCUCUAACGGUCGGCAACAUCAAACACCUCAUCCCCUUAACCCUCGAACUUGAAACAACACACUACACUAGCUGGUCUGCUUUAUUUCAGAAUCACUGUCGGGCUUACCAGGUUUACGAUCACCUUGAGCCAAAGUCCUCCCCCACAGCCUCCUCUUCUGGUGACAAAACUGAUGCUGGUAAAACCGACACCGGCAAACCAGAUGCAGCUAUCUCUGAAGCCGAUGCACUUUGGAUUCGUUUGGAUGCCAUAGUCCUCCAAUGGAUCUAUGGCACCAUCUCCACAGACCUCCUGCACACCAUUCUCGCGCCCGGUCAAGCCGCUUAUGAUGCUUGGACACUGCUUGCAAAUCUUCUCUCCGUCUACUUUUAA